AUGUGUAGUAGUGCUACUGUUCAAUUGAGAUAUACACAAGUUGAAUUAUUGUCAAAACGAUUAUCUCAACACUUAACAUCUAGUGAUUCUAAGAAAUGGAUUAGGGAAGGAAAGGUGUUUGUAAAUGGAAAAGUAGCACAACGGAAUGCACUCAUAACAAACAAUUGUGUCGUUACUCUUAAUGAACCCAAUGUAACUAACGUACAAAAGACAAGUGCUCAACUUUGGAUUGCCUACAAGUGUAGAGGUGUUGAUUCCACCGAUGUGAACAAAUUCAUAUCUCACAUAAACCCUACACUAAACAUUCCUAAAUUAAUCGCAAUUAAUAAACUGAGUUCAUACAGUCAAGGAGUCAUGUUGAUGACCAAUAACGGUUCUUUUGCUCAAAAACUCAGACAGUUAGAUACAGGUCUGACAUCUAUUUAUCACUUAAAAUUGUAUUGCCACCUACAUGAAGCUAUGUCCGCUGUUAAAUAUUUAAAAAAAGUUCUUCCAGUCCACUGGAUUUCGUUGGUUAAACAGGGAUGGCGAUCUGUUUGGCUCAAAUGUACAAUAAACAAUUUUAACGAUAAAACGCUCAUCAAUGGUUUCAGGAGCAGAGGUUUAUUGCCUUCAAAGGUUAGGUUGGAUAGUAUUGGCCCAUAUAAGGUUAAUAGACUUGACCGUACAGAGGUAUUACCAGUUAAAUUGACUAAACAACUAGCAAAAAUAGCAAAUAAAUUAGAGAGGGUGAAUGAAUCUAUAGCAUUGGUGCCACUGGAAACGGAUGGCUUAUGGCCACCAAGAAUCAUAUCGACUAAGCAGUCAGUGGAACUAAUGAAAACAAACAACCAGACGGAAAUUGUAAUUCCAGACGUUAAAAAACAUAUAGAAAGCUAA